AACUAGUGAAUAGUACUUGUGACAUCUGGCGACCGUGACAGGAUGUAGGCAGUGGUUUAAAAAGAUAAAUAGUGUUAAAAUUGAGUAAUCUGAAAGUCAGUCGGUAAUUAUGUCUUCCAUCGCGGAAUUAACAGCUCUCGGCAAAGAGCUUGGUUAUGAAGGCGAAGACCUUAGAAGAUUUGUAAGUGAUGAACAAAGUGCUUUAAGGGAUAUUAGAAAUAAGGAACGAGAAUUAGAACGUGAAAAACUAGAAGCUGCUCGUGAGGAAAGAGAAAGGGAACGCCAGGAGAAAGAAAAGGAGCGUGAAUAUGACCGUGAAAAAAGUGAGAGAGAUAGAGCUCAUGAGAUUCGUUUGUAUGAUAUGCAAGAAUCUUUGCAAAAACAGGAGAUUGAGAAAUUGAAACUGCAAAAAGAAAUAAAGGACUCGCCAGUUAAUACCGAAGGUUCCGACACUGAAGGUAACCAGAUUUGCAGGCUGAAUUCGUAUUACGUACAGAUGCUUCGAACGCUGGAUUGGGUGCCAUACUUCUGCAAGAAGUGGAUGGAGUGAAGCGUCCGAUUGCUUAUGAAAGUAGAAAAUUGCUACCGAGG